CAUUUGUCCGCCGCGAGGAAGAGCAAAAAGCCGCCAAAAAGUCAAGGCUCCAACAUGUGGCAGUGAAGUCUCUCCUCCCGUCUUCCAUCCUUCGAAACAAACAAGUUAAUCAUGACUCCAUUAGAUCCCGCUAGUAAGCCCCCCCCUCCCGUCCAUGCCCAAUCGGAAACCGCUUCGUUCAAGCCUAAUUAGUAGCCACUCACGCAUUAAUAAUUCCUCAUGGGACUUGUCAGCCACCGUGACGAUUCGUCGUCUUUCUGUUGCUUCUCUCAUUCGAUCCUUCAGCUCUAGUUCCGUGCCGUUCAAAUUCCUUUCUGAGCAUCUGGGUUCAGAGAAUAUUCUGAUUAGUGACUUCACCGGCGGCAGGGGAGCCACGUUGCUCGCCUUGCCCUGUUGGGUGAGUCCGGCGAGUCACCUCGGAGUGACGAUAGGCCGUCCUUUGUCAUCUUUGACUCGUGGGACCCAUCGUCGUGAUUCGCAUUGCUUCUAUUGUAUUUUUGUACCCUGGUCGCCAGGCCCAAGGCGCCGGUUCCCGUGCCGCCCGAUUCUCCCGGGCGUAACAUUGGACAUCGCCGGGGUUGGUUGGUUGGUUCGUUUCUUGGUUGACUCAUCUCAUCUGGCCCUGCAGAUGUUCCCCAACCGGGCAAUAGUCUUGAUAGCUGCUUCUGAGCUGUUGAAUUUUCAUCCUUAGGUGCUCGUGCAGUUGCCAGAUUAGGAAUAAUCUCAAGUCUGUAUCCGGGCAUUGACUCGUCGGAGCUCGUCCAACGGGAAACUUUUCGCAUGUCGCUAGGAUAUCGGCACUUUGGUGUUAAUCUGCCAUCUAAUCUGUCAUUACCAACUGCCCUCUUCUCCUUAUAAAUGCGACCUCCUUUCUCCGAUCG